AUGACAACAGCUGGGGGGAUCAACACCAAAUUAUGGCAGAUGGUAGGGAACCCGCAGAUAUACACCAGAAACAGGAACCCCGCCAUUUCGACCACCCAGUCCAGAGCUAUACCCAAAGUUGCCUCACCACCCCCUGAAUACAAAAACGGGCAUAUCUCGAUAGUGGCUGCGCGGAAAUGGAUGAAAAAUGUAUCCACAGGAAGGGUAAAGCGAGGGGAGGAAACUUCCCAAAAAGCGAGAGGAACGGCAGAGAAACGCGUGAGAUACUAUCUCAAGUCCUCACAGCGUCCCCAACGACGGCUGAGUGAGGGAAACAAAGGACCCGAAAGGCGAGAGAAACGGCAUAGCAACACGCGAGAUACAACGACGAGACCUCAAGGGUGGGCCUUCCCACAAAUAUGCUGGAACUGCUUGACCUGUCAGGAAGAUCCUAUGACCAACAGGAAGCUAUCGCGAUCCUGCAAAAAAAACAUAGCACUCCGUCAACCGAGGGGCCUCUUACUUCCGAAAAACGAAGCAUUCGAGCUGCUACUGAAAGCACUAUCUACCCGUCUUGCAGGCAACCAUCUCGUGACGGCUGUUAUACAAUGUUCACAAUUCCACGAAGUUAAUUAUGAGGGAAGCUGGCAGGGAGACUUGGGAGGUGGGAACACUUUUAUACCUUGGCGAAUCUGGUACCUGUUCCUAUCGACUAGGCUGCGAGCAUCCGCAACCAACGCUUCUCAUGACUAUGCGUUUAGAGUAUCUGAAAAAUUAUGUUGGCGAGAUAACGUUCUUCGAGAGGCUCCCUUCGACAAUGGAAACUCAGCUAGACAACCAAGCUUCUGUAGGCAUGGCGGGAGAUUAUCGGCGUACCCACUACAGCCAUCAUUCGUCGGCCGGGCGAAGACAUGGAAAAGCAGGCUUCAACCCAACACAGGGCAGACCCGACGUCAUGAAGUAAUGGUGCCUCGUUUGCUCGAGAUAUGCAAAGAUCUUGUUGGACCACCAGUUGACAAAUCUACGUUUCGAAACACAUUGCGUGAGGUGGGGCUCAUGUCACAAACUCUUAGUGUUGGGUCACAAAAGCUGCUCGAGCACAUCUAUAAUACCCUCUUUGAUGCAUCCGAGAGCGAGCCGCAGGCUAAUGUUCUCCGUACAGUGCAAGGGAUAGCAGUGCUCCAAGAAAAACUCCAGGAAACAGUGGACGAGGAUGAACAACGAGCACUGGAGGAGGAUAUAACGGGAAAGGCAAGGAUCAUACCUCUAAGUUGUAACAUGGUUGAAGCUGAUUGUUCGUUUCCUAUAGAUCUUGUGGUUCUAUUGGCGCGGAAUCCGCUCAGAAGUAGACGAAAUAUCAGCAAAUGUAAGGUAACACCCGUGCCCGCCCGUGUCAUUUAA